CACCUGUCUGGGCCUGUUCUCUGCUAGGGCUGGUGGUGGCAGCCCAGCCCUUGUGUGGGUGCGAGGCCUGUGGCCUGCUGCGGCCUGCCUUCCCCGAGUCCUUCAGGCUGCUCUGAAACUGCUUGGGAAGGACCCUCCCUGGGGACCAAUGACGCAUGGCCUCGGAGCAGCAAUCCUGGUUUGGGAAGGGAGGGGCCUGAGCCAGAUGUAUUGUGUACGGCUGGCAUCAGACACGUGGGGAGGGGGGCAGGUUCCCACUCCUGGCCUGUGGCCUGAUCUCGGAACCUGGCUGCCAGCUUUUCCCUGGGCCGGCAGAGAGGGCCAGCAGUUGGCCGCUCAGGCUCUGAGCUGGCUGGGCACAGUGUGUUGGUUGGGGUGACAGGGGCCCCUUAGGGGCCUUGCGUGGGAGGGCUGAGGGCACUGCCUGCUCAUGUUCCCCUGGAGAGCAGUGCUGCACGGCCCCCAGCCCUGGGUGGCAUGGGGUCAGGUCACCUUCCCUCCCCGCUGGACAACCACUUGGUCAGGCCUGUGUCACAGGGGCCAGCCCGUCCUGAGCAUUGGUGGUGGGAGGGGCGUCCACUGGGAGAGGGCCAGGGCUAGGCUGCUGGUUAAAUUUAGUGUGGGGGCCUGUGCCGCUGCCCAAGGUCCACCUGCCACCGGGGCUGCCACUUGAGCCCUGCUGCCAGGGGGUGGGCGGGGCUGGGCCCAUAUUAGCCUGUACUCUGCCCCGAGGGCCAGAAGGACAGGCCUGUGUGCUGGAAGGCUGAAGUAACAGCAGAGCAGAAAGGUGCAAGCAGCGACUAGAAAGCAGAGCAGAGGUCACCUAGCCUGAGGUGUGGUCCAAGGGCAGCCCCAGGCUGGCCUGGUGAGAGGGCGAAGAGUUGCAGGGUCAUGGCCUCGAGGGCAGGAGAGCACAGCCAGGCUGCAACGAACCGGCCAAAGGAGAAGGUGCUGACGCUGGACACCAUGAACCCACGUGUUAAGAGGGUGGAGUAUGCUGUUCGAGGCCCCAUUGUGCUGCGUGCCCUGGAGCUGGAGCAGGAGCUGCGCCAGGGUGUGAAGAAGCCCUUCACUGAGGUCAUCCGUGCCAACAUCGGAGACGCACAAGCCAUGGGCCAGAAACCUAUCACCUUCCUGCGCCAGGUCCUGGCUCUCUGCAUCCACCCUGACCUCCUGAACAGCCCCGAUUUCCCCGAAGAUACCAAGAGAAGGGCGAAGAGCAUCUUGCAGGCUUGUGGGGGCCACAGUCUAGGGGCCUACAGCACCAGCUCCGGAGUCCAGCUGAUCCGAGAGGAUGUGGCUCGGUACAUCCAGCGGCGUGAUGGAGGCAUACCCGCGGACCCCAACAACAUCUUCCUCUCCACGGGGGCCAGUGACGCCAUCGUGACAGUGCUGAAGUUGCUGGUGUCCGGCGAGGGUCGCACGCGCACGGGCGUGCUCAUCCCCGUCCCUCAGUACCCGCUCUACUCGGCCGCGUUGGCAGAGCUCGACGCUGUGCAGGUGGACUACUACCUGGACGAGGAGCGCGUCUGGGCGCUGGACGUGGCGGAACUGCGGCGCGCGCUGCACCAGGCGUGCGACCACUGCCGCCCGCGCGCGCUCUGCAUUAUCAACCCGGGCAACCCCACCGGGCAGGUGCAGACCCGCGAGUGCAUCGAGGCCGUGAUCCGCUUCGCCUUCGAGGAGCAGCUCUUCCUGAUGGCUGAUGAGGUGUACCAGGACAACGUGUACGCCGAAGGCUCUCAGUUCCACUCGUUUAAGAAGGUGCUCAUUGAGAUGGGGCCUCCGUACGCGACGCAGCAGGAACUCGCUUCCUUCCACUCAGUCUCCAAGGGCUACAUGGGCGAGUGCGGUUUCCGCGGCGGCUACGUGGAGGUGGUGAACAUGGAUGCGGCGGUGCAGCAGCAGAUGCAGAAGCUGAUGAGCGUGCGGCUGUGCCCGCCCCUGCCCGGCCAGGUCGUGCUUGACAUGGUGGUCAGCCCGCCUGCACCCUCGGACCCCUCCUUCAGACAGUUCCAGGCGGAGAGGCAGGCGGUGCUGGCCGAGCUGGCUGCCAAGGCCAAGCUCACCGAGCAGGUCUUCAACGAGGCUCCUGGCAUCCGCUGCAACCCGGUGCAGGGCGCCAUGUACUCCUUCCCGCGCAUACAGCUUCCUCCGCGCGCGGUUCAGCGCGCCGAGGAGCUGGGCCUGGCGCCCGACAUGUUCUUCUGCAUGAGCCUGCUGGAGGAGACGGGCAUUUGCGUCGUGCCGGGCAGCGGCUUUGGGCAGCGGGAAGGCACCUACCACUUCCGGAUGACCAUCCUGCCCUCCAUGGAGAAGCUGCGUCCCCUUUUGGAAAAGCUGAGCCAGUUCCACUCCAAGUUCACCCGUGAAUACUCCUGAGUACUGCUGGGGACCAGGCCUGGCGGCCCUAGACUGACAGCGCCCUGGGGCCUGAGGGUCUCGCUGCCCGUGGGGCUGGGCCCCUGCCUCCCUGCAGGCCUCUAAUAAAGCUGAGCGUGUGGCUGCUUGGA